AUGGAUUUCGUUCGCAAAUUUGGCUUACUCUCGAUCUCGAGGUGUAGGAGACCACCAAGAAGAUGUGCGAUUACACAUUGCUGGUACAAUGUGCGAUUCAACGCCACUCUUUCUCCGCCCAGGUCAAUCGUUCUCCGUGACUACCAGGAGGAAAGUAUCCAAUCGGUACUUAAGUACCUAGGCGAGGGCCACCGACGUCUCGGAAUAUCACUAGCUACCGGCGCAGGGAAAACGGUCAUAUUCACGCAACUCAUCAACCGAAUUCCAUCACACGAUGCGACAGCAACAAAAACUAUGAUUAUUGUCCACCGACGCGAAUUGGUCGAACAAGCAGCGAAGCAUUGUAGAAUUGCAUACCCCGACAAGGUUGUGGAGGUUGAGAUGGGACAAAAUGUAGCCAGCGGACAUGGCGACAUUAUCAUCGCGUCCGUACAAACUCUCUCCCGAGGACGUGUCACCAAAUUCGAUCCUAGAGCGUUCAAACUCAUUCUCGUGGACGAAGCACACCACAUUGUGGCACGAUCGUAUCGCGAGGUUCUGGGUUAUUUCGGACUGAACGAACCCACCCCCAACGCCCCGGUGCUUGUUGGAGUCUCCGCGACCUUUUCACGAUUCGACGGGCUAAAACUCGGCGCCGCCAUUGAUCACAUUGUCUAUCACAAAGACUAUGUUGACAUGAUCGGUGACAAUUGGCUGGCCAAUGCGGUCUUCACGACGGUCAAGUCACAAGUGAAUCUUUCAGGUGUCAAAAAGGACAAGUUUGGUGACUUUGCUCUGGGCUCACUUUCACAAGCGGUCAACACAACCAAUGCUAACAAUAUCACGGUCCGAGCAUGGAUGGCCAAUGCGGAGGGCCGGAAAUCCACCCUGGUCUUUUGUGUGGACGUCGAACAUGCCCGACAGCUUACUGCGACGUUUCGUGAGCACGGCAUUGAUGCUCGCUACAUCACAGCCACCACACAUAAAAAUGUCCGGUCAGAGCAACUUGAUGCCUUUAAAAAUCAAGAAUUUCCAGUCCUUUUGAAUUGUGGUUUAUUCACGGAGGGCACUGAUAUUCCAAACAUUGAUUGCGUGCUCCUAGCGCGACCUACCCGAUCCAGAAACCUGCUCAUUCAAAUGAUUGGGCGGGGGUUACGUCUGUUCCCCGGAAAGGAGGACUGUCACAUUAUUGACAUGGUUGCUGCAUUGGAAACUGGCGUCCUUUCAACCCCGACGCUCUUUGGUCUCCACCCCGAUGAAGUCCUAGACAAAACCAGUAUGAAAGAUAUCCGAGAAGGCCAGAAAGAGAGCAACCUGGAACUACAUACAGAACCCCAGGAUGAACCAGAUGGAAACAUGAACAUUAAGUUCACCAAAUACGACAGUGUCUACGAUCUUUUGGAAGAUACGCAGUCUGAGAGACAUAUCAGGUCGCUGAGCCAAAAUUCCUGGGUUCGGGUGGACAAUAUGAAGUAUUUACUAUCGGAAUCAUCUGGGUGGUUGACUAUUGAGCAAAAGAAAGACGUAUUCGCGGUGCACCACGUCAUGAAAUUCAACGACCCAACGUCCGAGAAACUUCAAUUCACCCGUCCACGGCUGAUUGCAUCAGGGCCAGACUUGGAAACUGCUGUCCGCGCAGCUGAUACAUAUGCUGGCAACAAGUUUGAGAAGCGAUAUAUCUCAUCACGGCAACCCUGGCGACAAAGCCCAGCCACAGCAGCGCAGAUCGCAAUGCUGAACAAAGCCCGGAUCCGAGAUGGGAACCUGCAGGUUGGAGAUCUGACACGCGGUCAAGCGACUGAUAUUAUCACCAAGCUGAAGUUCGGGGGCAAGAAACGGUUCAAGGAAAUCGCGGUCAAGCAACGGAAGCUGCAACGGAAACAAGAUGAGCUGGAUGAGUUGCAAAGGCGAACUGAUGUUAAGGUUGGGCCGUUACAAGGCUGA